AAAUUUUUUGCUCUGAGUCAAGGACGAACGAGUUGUACCAUUGAGUUGACUGAAAGGGAUCUACAUCUAAGCAACGCAUUGCAAAAUUCUGUGCAUCUCAGGCUAAGCCGACCAACAAAUCAACAUGGAUAAAUUUCGUAUGAUGUCCCAGAUUCUCCAAUCCAACCAAGAGUCGUUUAUGAAUGGCAUAUGUGGAAUCAUGGCUCUGGCAAGCGCUCAACUCUACACAUCUUUCGAAUUCAACUGUCCAUGCAUGCCAGAAUACAACUACUCCUAUGGGAUAAGCAUGCUGGUCAUUCCACCCAUAUGGUUCUUCAUGCUGGGUUUCGUACUGAACAACAACGUAUCCAUGUUGGCGGAAGAAUGGAAACGGCCAAAGGGUCAAAGAAGGAAGGAUCCCAGUGUCUUGCGCUACAUGUGCGUCUCCAUAUCCCAGCGUUCCCUCAUUGCACCGGCUGUCUGGAUUUCAGUAACGCUGAUGGACGGUAAAAGUUUCUUGUGUGCUUAUAGCAUGGACCUGGAUAUGACUGAGUUUGGAAAAAAUGCAAGUGGGCUUUCAGAUACGGAACUCGCACAGACGCUGGCCAAAAUCCCAUGCAAACUUAUAUUUGACAGCCCGCAUGUCGUAUCAAGAGAGGCAGCGACCAGAUACAUACGGUGUAUUUCACAGGCCUGUGGAUGGGUCUUCCUGAUGAUCAUUACAACCAUUGCAUUCUUGGUCCGAGCCAUCCGGCCCUGCUUCACACAAGCCGCCUUCCUCAAAACGAAAUACUGGUCCCACUACUUAGACAUUGAGCGCAAGAUGUUUGACGAGACUUGCACAGAACAUGCCAAAAGUUUCGCCAAGAUCUGCAUCAAGCAGUACUUUGAGGGCGUAAGCGGUGAGAUUCCCAGCUUGUCCACUCAAACACGUGUGGAUGACACCGUGGACGGCGAGGAAAAACCUCCUACUGAAGAAGACAAACUUUAUGGCGUUCGUCGACAGGACUCUAUGAAUAAAGUACUAUUGGACUGGCACGCGUGCAAGCCUCCCCUCACUCUGAAAAAGUUUGCAGAAGCUACUGGACCAAAUGGCAUUGCUGAUAAAAAUCAUUUGAAUGGCCUAAAGCGUGGUUAUGUAAAUCCAGGCCUAGAUGUUGGGCAAAAUGAAUUGGACAGUGGGUGUAAUAAUGCUAACAUUCAUCCAAAGAAAAAUGGUUUAACAAAUAGCUAUACAAACAACAGCACAUGCCAGAAUGGACUUACUAACAAUGGAGUCUCUUCUCCAAGCAGUGCUCAGCAGAAACCAUGGGCAGUGUAUUACAGUAAAGUCUGAGAUUGUUUCGGCUCAGACAUGUUUUUUUUUAAGAUUUACAUUAAAAACCACUUCCGUUGACAUUGCAUUAGUGGUCCUAUGCCAGUAGAUUUAAAUGUUUAGUUAACCAGAGACUGAAAGCACUAAAUUAAACUAAACUAAAUUGACAAUUUUGAGCCUCCUUGGUUGUGGCAGAAAGUUUUCCAUUUAUUUCCAAAUAGAGAUUUAAAAAUGAUCA